AUGCACCCACAUUACUUCCCUUUAAUCUUGUCCUUCGAUCAUAUCUUGAUCAGCACCAAAUCAUUACUAUGGUUGUCAUCAAUAGUGGGAGAAGUGGACAUUUCAUUAUUUCAUGUGCUUUAUAUCGUUAAAAUGUUGUGGUAUGUCCAUGCAGCUUUUGUUGCUUAUGAACAUCGAUCCGAAGCAAGAAACCUGCGACAUCAUAUCAUGCUGUUUUUAAUAUUCUUUUUUGUAUCAUCGGAAGGUGGAGGCGCAAUUGUUGAAUUAGUUCUUGGCAUGAAAAACUCUUUUAUCGGAAGUAAUUAUAAAUUUGCUACUUCUCUCAUUGUGUGGGUUCUCUGUCAUGAGCUAUUAUUCACAUCGAGAAGACAAAAACAGCUAUUUUGCUCAUAUUUUGAAAAAGGUUUCUCAAAAUAUCCUUUGGAAAUUUUGAACCAAUUUCGUUUAGGACUAGGAUUAUGUGUGGAAUGCAUUAGUUAUGAUAUUUAUUUGCGAAGAAAAAGAUUUGGGGGAUUUCAGCCUGAAGACUAUCACUACAAGUAUAUAUUCUUUGCAAAUCCUUUCGAAUUUAUUGGUCAUCUCAUCAGUGUGCUUUUAUUAGUGAUGAUAUCCAUGACAAUAAGCUGCUUUUUGGCUCCCUAUUUUGCAGAAAAAUACAUCAAGCAACAAAAGACAUCUCUGAAAUCAGUGAUUGAACGAUUCAGCCCAGAUACAGUGUUUUACAUCAAGCUUUGCUUCUAUGCGUCAAUCAUUUUAAUCACAUGCCAAGAUUUUCUUGUGGCAAGUCACACGGUCAAUAUUGCCGGUGUGUUUGAAAUUCCUAUUAUACAUUUAAUCCAAUUGUCUGUGGUGCUAUUUUUCAUCUUAUAUCCCAUUCUAGUGAACGAUUUGGGAUGGUUCUCAAAAUCAAAAUUUUAA